AUGGUCUAUUUUGAUUAUAAUUUCUAUAUAUCGACAAUUGUAAUACUUAUGCACAUUAGUUAUACUGAUGCAAACUUCCAAGUAGAAAAUGAUGAAAAUUUAAAGCAUUACGAUGUUAUAAAAAGUGCAGUAGAAAUCGCUAAUAGGAAUUUUGAAUACCGAACAGCUACUAUGGUUAUAUCACAUGAUGUAGAAGAAACUAUUAUAAACCAAUUCAUCAAGUCCUAUAGUGGAUCAGUCACUUUAGAGAGAAAUGAUAAAGUACCUCCGAAACAGGUAGUUAUUUUAAUCGAAUCAUAUUUGUCACUUAUAAGAAUUCUCGGAAAAUUAAAACCAGAUCUAAAAGGAAAAACCAUGCUCCACAGCGAUGCGUAUUUCAUAAUAGUUGUUCUCUCCUAUCCACAUAGACUUCGACGUAUAUAUAGCCUUCUUUGGAGUUAUUAUGCUACGAAUGUGGUAACCGUCGUCACUAAUAAAGACAAACGGAUAGCAUUAUUUACUUAUUACCCAUACAAAAAUCAUUUAAGCUGCCAAAAUUUGGAACCUACUCUCAUUGGUUUUUGGGGCGAGAGGGCAGUGAUGGAAAAAGAUCUAUUUCCUGAUAAGAUGAUUAACAUGAACGGCUGUCCACUUUAUAUAUCAACAAAUAAAUUAUAUCAUCCAGCAACAGAGCAGAAAAUUCCUUUAGAAAUAAUCAAAAGAGCUAUUAUACGGUACCUUAGGGACAUAAUGAAUUUCACGCCCAUAAUUUCAAGCAGGGAUUUUCUCAGUAUUGACUCGGAUGGAGCCAAGAAUUGGUCUGAAACUUUAGAUGACAUCUUAACGGGUACCGCUAACAUCUCAACUUGUAGCAUUUCUCCAGGAAUGGAUAGAGUGGGCAUAUUAGACUACUCAGUACCAUAUUUUAGAAUAAGUUUAGCAUGGCUGGCUCCACCUCUAGCCCCAGGGCCCAUUUGGUGGCGGCUGUUAUCACCAUUAAAUGGAUAUUUAUGGCUUAUACUCUUACUCGUAAUGCUCUUUGUUAAAGCUAUACCGUUCACCUUGAACUUUAAAACUGUUAAGAUGUUUUGCUAUAGGAAUUUUAAGCACGCAGAUAAAUUGCACGGUGUAGUUAUAAGGAUUUGGGCUGUUUUAAUGGGUCAGCCGAUUAGGGUUGAACCGAGACGGUUCAGAGAUUUUUAUAUCCUGAGUCUUUGGAUAUGGUUUACAUUUGUAGUGAGAAGUGCUUACCAAAGUGUUCUCAUAGGAGCUCUCAAAUCGGAUGUUAUUGUUGGUAAAUUUGUUGAUUUGAAAGAUGCUUACAAUAAUGGAUACAUGUUUGGAGGUAGAGCAGGUGUAUUAGCUCAUUUCGAACAUGAUACCUUUAUACGUGAAAACUUUGAAGUAAUACCUGAGAAGGACUUUGAAAACGUUUUCCAAGAAGUUUUGGACGGCAAAAAAAAGUUUAUUAUUGCCCUUUCACUGGAAUACGUAAAGGCGUAUUGCAUGUCUCAAGGGAUAAAUGAAAAUGAAUGUGGUUACAUCCUUCCUGAUUCUAUAAUGAAAAUUCCCUUAGUGAUAUGGAUGGGGAAAAAUUCUGCUUAUAUGAGACCAUUAUCUCUGUGGCUCAUACGUCUUUUGGAAAGCGGCUUGUUAGAAAAAGAUACUGUAAAGAUGUCUAGUAAGACCACAUUAAAAGUACUCGAGCCUAGUGCCUUGAAUAAUAAACAAGUAUUUAGCUGCAUUUUGUGCCUUUUACUUGGAUAUUUAGUAUCGGCAAUAGUAUUCAUAUUUGAGAUAAUUAAAUUUAAAAGUGAAAAGACCGGAAUAUUGAAAGAAUAA